CAAGCUGGUUGACACAAAGGCGGAUACCGCGCUCCAUCAAAGAAAUGCAAUUAUCUCUCUUUUCCUUCCAGUUCGCCUUCAUUGCGCUCGCUCUCGUCACGACAACUCGUGCGGCCGCGUGCACGUUGCCGUCAAGCAAUGACAUCAUGUCGCAAAUCAACACGCAGCAAACUGUCGAGAUUGAGAGCCAAAAGGCGCUCGUUGACAAGCUCUACUACAACUGCUUCCGCUGGGAUUCGUCUCUACAGCAAGUCGAGCGAUUCAUUGUGUCGGUUGAGUUGAGUGGAAGUCCGACAGAGCAGCGCUGGCUGUUCAAUUGUUCGACUGGCUCGUCGUUCAGUGCAAGGCUGGUGGCUGGGGUUGCGGUGUUGGGGAAUGUUAGCACCAUGUCUUACGGUUGUGGAGAGUGUGAUGAAGCGGCUGCAGAUCCAUGCGUUGCCUGUGACUCUUCCUGUAAGAACAACAGAUGUUAUGGCACCAAUGCCGCCGACUGCUGCAACUACAUAAAGAACAACAUGUGUGUCAUUGACUGUGGUACAAACUUUGUUUCCAAUGCUCAAAACAACUGCAUCUGUGCCAAUAGCUUCACAGGAUCAGACUGCAGCACAUGCAGUUUGGCUUGUGUGAACGGAAGUCCAAAUUCGACAUGUUCGUCGUGCAGCUGCUCUGCGGGUUUCACCGGACGACUAUGCGGCGUGCAACUUGACGGGUGUGACUCUAAUCCUUGUAUGAACGGAGGCACGUGCUUGAGGACGAACGAGGGAGGAUUUUCGUGUACGUGUCCAUCCAAGUUUACCGACUCAUUGUGUCAGACUUCAGUCUCGUGUUUGUCUAUCGCUUGUCUACACGGCGGGACGGUUGUCAAGUCAGCGGACGGAGCGUGCACAUGCAGUUGUACUGAGUAUUUCACCGGCAGUCAGUGCUUGACACGUGUACACGUCUGCAAACCGGAUUCGUGUCAAAACGGCGGCACGUGCUCACCGACGGCGAUCGGAUUUGAUUGCGUGUGUCAGUUGGGAUUCCGAGGAUCUGACUGCUCACAAGACGUCGACGAAUGCACGACAUCUCGUCCGUGCAGCAACGGCGGACGAUGCAUGAAUCGUUUCGGAGGAUACGAAUGCGACUGUCAGCCUGGAUUUACAGGUGACGACUGCGAUGUGCCGUCUGACGUUUGCUCGAAGAGUCCGACUUAUUGUGGAGAGAACGGUCGGUGUAUGACGGAGCCGUACGUUGUGAAUCCGUAUGGACGAGAGCUCGAACUCGAACCGGUUUCAACUGAUGGGUCGAUGUCGUAUUGUGAUUGCUCCGAUGGAUUCUACGGCAAUCAGUGUGGGAAUAGUGUGUCGUCGUGUGGUGAGGGUUCUUGUGCAAACGGAGGUGAAUGUACUCAAGUGGAUGGUGUCGUGCGUUGUGGGUGUGUUGGAAAUUGGAAGGGUUCUGUUUGCAGUACCUGUGGUAUGCAGUGUGUUCAUGGAAGUCUGGAUGAGAACUGUACGACUUGCACUUGCCAAGGAAACUGGACUGGCGACUCAUGUUCAGUCUGCAACGAUUUUAUCGAAGAGACUAAGUGUGUAAAGUCAUGCAUGAGGGAGGGCAACCUACCUCACACACACUCUCAAGGACAGAAGUGGUGUUUUCCUUGUGGCAUAUUUCUCUGUGAGCAGUGCAAUUACGAUGACGUCUUCGAAGUGAGUGACCACCAGUGUAGACAGUGUAUACCCGGAGCGAGGCUUGACCGCAAGAAUGAAGGCCACUGUACAAUAGAACCCGACACUGAAGAUGACGACGACAAAUCUUCGAGUAACAAUACAGGUCUUAUUGUUGGUAUCACAAUUGGAGUUAUUUCUUUCUGCGUGGUACUUGCCAUUGUGGCAUAUGUCAUGUACAGAAAGUUUUGGAACAGAGCUGGGGACUACCAACCAGCAAAGUCUAUCUGAUAGUCUGAUGUGAAGGUUAAACACACACACACACAAAUGAUACGGUUUUGAGUUGAUAAUUUGCUGAUUGAUUGAGUUGUACACACGAGAA